AUGGCUUCACUGACCGGAAAGGUGUUUGCGGUGAUCGGUGCUUCGCAAGGCAUUGGCUUGGGCAUUGCCGAGGUCCUUGCCUCUCGUGGAGCGGCCCUGCUUUUGGGAUCUCGCAACGAUGAGAAGCUCCGAAACGCGACAAAGAAGCUGCGGAGCCAAUAUCCUCAGGCGCAGAUACAGGCUCACACAUUGGACGCUUGCGAUAGAGCUUCGGUUCGCACUUUUCUCCAGCAAGCGCACAAACACUUUGGCCACCUCGAUGGCUGUGCAAAUGUCGCCGGUGUCAUGGGUGCCAACAUGAAUAUUCAGAGUAUUUGGGAGAUGGAAACGGAAGAAUAUGAUUACGUUAUGCGCGGCAACGCGACGGCCAUUUUCAAUUGCCUGGCAGAGCAGCUCCGGCCAGGCGUUUUGCUAGAAAGCAACGAUCCCAAAAUCACCAGUAGCAUCGUUAACAUCUCAAGUAUCACUGCUCUGACGGCAUUCCCCCGAAGCGCUCCCUACAAUGCAAGCAAAAUUGCGGUGGUUGGACUGACGAAGACCGCUGCUCUUGAAGCUGGGCCGAGGAAUAUCAGGGUGAACUGUAUUGCACCGGGUCUCACUAGAACACCCAUGAAUGAAGAUUGGAUGGCGACACGGGAGAAGAAUCCAAAGUCGAUCGAAACGCCCCUUAAACGAGUGGGAUGCCCCGUUGACAUGGGUAACGCUGCAGCCUUUUUGCUUAGUGACGACAGCAGCUUCGUCACCGGGACCACCUUGGUAGCUGAUGCAGGGUGGACUGUAUAG